AUGCUGAUGUUUGGUGAAACGGAGAAAUCAAAAUUGUUUAACCUGCUCAUUCGAAAGAGUCAAAUCUGAGUGAGUCAUGUUGGACACCAAUUCCUUGGGCUUAACCUUAAUGUAUGGUGAUUAUUCAGAUCAUGUUUCAGUAUGCAACAUUUUCUAGGUUACAGCGAGGGGCAGUGGUCAGCAGUUAUAGCUUGUAUAUUUCUAGAUGCUUCUCUUUAAUGAAUCACACAAAUUAUAACGUUGUCCUGGUAGAACGAAUCAAGUCAGAGAGUCAUUUUGGACAGGAGUACUUUAGGCUCAAGAGUUAACUACUCUCCCAGAUGUGUUUCACAAUGGCUUCCUGCUCUUGUGGUGCUCACUCACUGUAAUAGCUGUCCUACUUGGGUUUUGAAGGACUCCUGUGUGGAAUGUUGGAAUCAUGGAUAUUUCAUUCCCUUGAGGAAUUUGGAUACAUGGAAAAGGCAUUGAAUUCAGCCUCAGACAUAUCAGUUGCAUGAUUGAAGAUGACGUUAAAAUCUUUUUAGCUUAUGUUUUGAAUGAUGAGUUAUGAGCUUUGCUCCUAAACUACAUAUUUUAGGCCUCUGGUCAUCUCCUGAUGUAGCAGGGGACUCUUCUGACCAUCAUAACUCUGUUGUUUCUGCCUUUCUGGGGGGGAAAAGGGGGUCAGUGUAAUCAGGAAUGUGUUUUUUGGGGUUUUUUUAUGCUUGCUGCUCCAUGCCUGGAACUUUUGGGUCAUGUCACUGCCCUCCCAUACCUGAUUCUCUUGAUUCUUCUUCAAGAGGUGCCAGUUGUGUGGCAGGGUGUAACGCUGGAAGAGUUGUAGAAACAAGUCCUGGCCCACAAAAAUGUUGAAUUACAGGGCACCAGCUGUGAGUGUCAGCAUGUCACAACUGGCCUCAACUUUGUGUUGUUGGUGCCAAAUGGAUGUGCUCUUCUAGUUCUACCUUGCUGUAAUUUGGUGCCCGUGUAUAGUGUAGGAGAAUAACUGUGUGUGUGUGAGGACACUAGGGGUGGCUACCACUCGUAUAACCUUCCACCAUGCAUGCUGUGCAAGUUGGAGUUUUACCAUUGCCAGUACACUACCUGCAGCUAUUUACAUUGCUUUUAGGUAUUUAAAACAAACAGCUUAAGUUCAACAUAUACACAUGGACUCACACCUUUACUUUUUAUUUGACUGUGUACUAAACAGCCUUCAUGUCACUUUUUUUUUUUUUUUUGGCACCAAAGUAAUCAGCCUGCAUUGUAGUAAGCUAAGCCUUACAGUCUGUCAUCCAGCCAUGCAUUUAUUCUGACAUGCAGUUACAUGCCUUGGGAGGUGAAGGCAUUCCUGUUUCUGUAGUAUUGUACAGCCUGGCACGAGUUUAAAAGCUGACAAGUGAAGGAACACAGCUGAAGUGUAUUUGUUGAGAAAAGGCUUAAGAAUAGCUGUGUUUGUGGUGGGUGGAGAGGGUGGACAUGAUGUAUGGUGUUUGUUACACAAGCAGUUCAAAUAAGCCCAGCCAGUGUUUGCUAAGGUUUUCAGUUGACUAGGUCAUUCUGAAUGUCGUGCAAAUCUAAGCCACUGACCCGUGUUAUGUUCUUAAAACGUCUCACUUGGACUUUAUGUGCAGCUUGGUUGAGCUGGGGAAUUUGCAGUUCACAUGGACCCGUGUUUUCCUGUUCCUUUCUUUCAGUUUGUCAGCACACUCUUUCAAAUGAGCUGGCUAUUUUCAACUUAUUUUAGUAGAUAGGUGCUAAGCCACAUUGUUCAGAAGGUACUUUAAAAAAAAAAAAAAAAAAAAACCCAGCAAAUGGCAGAGUCAAAGGGCCAUUAUACACCAUGCUUUUACUACCUCUCAAGGAGUUUCUUCACACGUUUUAUAGCUGGCUAGGCUGGAGAAUAGAGGGUCAAAAAAGCUUUUGUUCAGAAAUUAACCCCCAAUCAUCUAAUUUCAUGAAGCCUAAAAAGAAAAUUAUUUUGUACAAAUUAAACCAGUCUCCAAAGUCUAGUGCCUUCGUAUUGCCUCCCAUGUAGGCAAGGCCACAGGAAAAGCCAAAGCCUAUUUAAUAUACAUGCCAAGACACAUUCAAGGAGGAAACUUUUCAAGAUACUCCACUUGGGCAUUGUGUGAAUGCAGUGCCAUUCAACCUUCUCACAGUAUGGUGGUGGCUCCAUCUAGUGUCCUGCAUUUUACUGACGACCAGAGUGCUGUAGCAGAGGCAUCAUGAGUUGGAGUUUCCUGACGCGUCUUCUGGAGGAGAUCUCCAACCACUCGACGUUUGUGGGCAAGCUAUGGCUUACGCUGCUUAUUGUGUUUCGGCUCGUACUGACUGUGGUGGGUGGCGAGUCAAUAUACUAUGAUGAACAGAGCAAGUUUGUAUGCAAUACGCAUCAACCUGGUUGUGAAAAUGUGUGCUACGAUGCGUUCGCACCACUCUCGCACGUAAGGUUCUGGGUUUUCCAAAUCAUCAUGAUCACCACACCCACCAUUAUGUACCUUGGCUUUGCCAUGCACAAAAUUGCACGCAUGGAGGAUAACGAUUACGAGUCAUGUAGUGGGCGUAAACGCAUGCCUCUGGUGAACCGGAGCGCCAACCGUGACUACGAGGAGGCUGAGGACAAUGGCGAGGAGGACCCCAUGAUCUCUGAGGAGAUUGAGCCAGAAAAGGAAAAAGAAAAAGAAAAGGAGAAAGAAACGAGGAAGAAACAUGACGGACGGAGACGGAUCAAGCGUGACGGUCUGAUGAAGGUGUAUGUGAUGCAGCUUCUCUCACGUGUGGUUUUCGAGGUGGCCUUCCUGUUCGGCCAGUAUUUUCUGUACGGCGUUGAGGUGGCGCCAUCAUACGUGUGCACGCGCAGCCCAUGCCCACACACUGUGGAUUGCUUCGUGUCGCGCCCCACCGAGAAGACCAUUUUCCUGCUCAUCAUGUAUGCUGUGAGCGCCCUCUGCCUGCUGCUCACCGUGCUUGAGAUCUUGCACCUUGGUUUCAGUGGCAUCCGUGAUGCAUUCCACAGCCGUGCACGGCGCCAACAUCAUCAACUAGCUUUGACCAACCAGAGGUCCUUGGUCUGCCAAAGUCACAUGCCCUCAGCGCCCCCUGGCUACCACACAGCUCUGAAGAAGGAUUCUGGCAAGGCGGGCGCAAGACGUGAAUACAACCUUGGUGACUUAGGCCAUGAGUCUCUGGGCAAUGAGGUGUCCUCACGGGAGCUGGACCGCCUGCGGCGGCACCUGAAGCUAGCACAGCAGCACCUGGACCUGGCAUACCAGACUGAGGAGGGUAGCCUGGUGCGAAGCAGCAGCCCCGAGUCCAACAGCACAGCCGCCGAGCAGAACCGCCUCAACUUUGAGAAACAGGAGAAGCAAGCCAGUUCCUGUGAGAAAGGGAUCAGAGCUUGAGUCCUAGGCCAACAAUCUGCUUUUUUUUUCUUACCGAAACAACAUGGAGGAAGGAACACUAUGAAGAUGGACAUCUUGAGAUUUUGUGUGUGUGUGUGUGUGUGUGUGUGUGUGUGUGUGUGUGUGUGUGUGUGUGUGUGUUGAAUUUUUCGUAAGGCAAUAUGACACUGAGCACGCCGGUGAACAGUAAGAGCACCCUGUGCAGUAUUAUGGCAGGAUGGGGUGUCGGCUCCUGAACACAUCUCAGCAGCCUGUGAUACUUGAGGAGCGGUCUGCCUGACAUUCCAAAGUACCCAAGGGCAAAUAAAACCAUUUCUUUCUGUAGCUGAGCAGAUUUUGUUUGUGUCUCUGUCAUAGGAAAAGAUCUUCUGUAUGUUUAACGUGCUUCUUAAGAAGUGUCAAGGGUUGCAUCUCAAAAAUGCCUUAAGUUUUUAAACUGGAGUUUACAUAUUUCGUUGUCAUUCCAAAAAGCAAAGGAUGAGCCAGUGUUAAGUCACACUAUAAUUUUUUGGAUAGUUUAGGUACAUGUGUAGAAUAAAAAUAGGUUUUGUGUUUAAGUAGUGAUCUGUAAUUUAGUAAUUGCAUGUAUAUGUGAAUUGGUGUCAAAGGGCUUGUUACUGUCAAAGCUAGACUUUUUGUUACUCUUAAUUUUGUUCGUUUAGAUUUGUAGUUAUGGUGGGGAAGGUUGAUUCUUCCUCUAGGACAUACUGUAGGAUAUACCCAAGGACCUGUGCAUAAAGUUCCCAAAAACGCUGUUCUGGUCUUGGAUCAGGUUUAUAGACUCAACUUGAUUUUAUCAUUAAGGAAAAUUCUAGUUAGGCAUAUAUAGUACCUGUCAAAGGUUUUGACCCACCCAGUCCAGAAAGCAUUUUUUUUAUUAUUAUUAUUUAUUUUUUUUGAAUAGUGAAUACACCAAAACUGCUGGCUACCUCAUAUGGGUGGGGGGAAAAGCAAUGAACAAACCUUGUAUAGAACUUUUGAUAUUUAUUCAAAGUAGUCUUGAUAACAGCUUUGCUUAGCAGCUUCAUUAUAUAGCCACCUGUGCUGCUUUCCCAACUUAACCAUAUGAUGAGCACAUGCUUUCUGCCUUUUCUAAGCAUUAAAUAAAACAAAAUGUAGAAGGGGGGAAAAAAAAAACUUGCAGGAGCCAAUUAAAAUUCAUUUAAAGAUUCAUGCAUGGGCAGCAACAUAAUUACUUAUAUUUUCUUAAAAGUACGUUUAAACCAGAAGCUUUAUUAGCAUGAGAAAUGGGUGUGUCCAAGCUUUUGACCAGUAAUAAGGUGCAUCUGGGAGAAAUUUAGACUCCGUUAACCUGCAGAAUCCAAGCGGUCUUAAUCAGUAGGUAAUAACACUGAUGUAAGACAAGCACUCUUUGCCAUGUUUUGUGUUAGGCAUCCAAGUGGCCUCAGUUUCCACUGCUUUAAAUUUGUACAUCUGUUUUAGUUGUAUUUUAUAAACGUGAUGUUGCACAACAAACCCAGUCACAAACUUGUUUGAUGGUUUGUGUAUACUGGGCUCCACAUUCCAAAUUAACUUGAUCUGUAGCCUGUACUUUGACAGUAAUUCAUCUUGGGACACAGUGCCAUCAGCGAUGUGGGUUUGUACAUUUGAGUAAAUGCAGCUCUGUUGCUUGUAAUAAACUGGAAACUAGUGAUCGCCAUGCUGAAGUUCAGUCUCGGCGUUAGUUUCAGCUUUUGCUGUUCUGGAACAUUUAAAGCCACUUUUUAGUGCCUUUUGUCUGAAUAAUCAAAACAAUGAAAACCUGGAAAAUGCUUGAAUACUUGAACCAUAUUUGUUGACCUGCAAGGAAGCUUUUGAUAGUUUGGUUUUCCACCUCGUGUGUGUGAUGUGUAUAUGAGGAUUUUGUUGAAUGCCUCUUUCUGUGGAUGAAGUUGGCAAGGCUUCUCCAUGCCAUACAAAAAGUUCCGUUGUGUAUUUUUGUAUGGUGUUUUAUGUUUUUUUGUUUGUCUUUUUUAAAUAAUGAAUCUUUCGCUUAUUUCUCUUCACAAUGUCUUUUUUGGACCUGGUAUGGAUCUGUUUGAGUCUUGUGUGUUUGGUUUAAAAGUGUUUAGUACAUCAUAGUGUUUGGGGUUUUUUUUUCUUUUUCGUUAAAUCCGUCAUUUCAUGUGUUUUUAAACAAUCAUUGAUGUUGCUUUAUUAUUUAAAUUGAGUCAAACUGUUCCAAAUGCAUUUACAUGUUUAUAUGCCUGGUUUUCUUAAAGCACAAAGGUUAAUGUCCUUGUGCAAAACUAAGAGUUAAGCUUGGGAAACGAUCCAGUCCUUGGUAAAUGUGCCCUAUUGACUGGUGUUAAUCUAUUCUAGUCUGAAAGAGAUUGGCUUUGGGGAGUAUACUCUAAUCUAAGUAUAUUUCCAUGUUUACAAAUGUCACUUAGAGGGGAUGUCCUGAUUUAUUUUUGUUUUAAACAACAAGCCGCUUGUUUUAUCUGCGCAUUAGUGUUGAGUUUUUGCCGUCAUCUCAAGUGUCUGUUUUGGUGGCUUUUUUUUUUUGUUGUUUUUGUUUUUAUAAACUUUGUACUAUCUUUUUAUACCUUUUUUGUACCAAUAGUAUUUUUGUGCAAGUUAAAUACUGAAUAAAGCUUUGGAAAUAAAAUGCACCGUGUGUGUGUUGAUUCAUCAUUGUUAUUCAAUUUUCUACCCCACAACAAGGAUUGUAGAUAACUUACUAAUGGCAGGGGGAAAAAGGUUGAUUCAGUAUUUUGCAUGGCUUGAAGGGCUCUUGGCUUUCUAUGUUCUCUAUCUGAACUCUUCUCUAAUAGGAAAACACUUGAGGCUUUCUCCACAGUGACAAACCAUAGAAAUGGAUUACCACUAAGCAGUAGUGGCCAGUUUCAUUUAGAUGUAGUUGAGUUUACUGUUCCAGACAGGAUGUGCCGAACACAGUU